AUGCUCCCUACGAGUGGUCCCCUGAAAUCUUCGAGUAUUACCAGUACGAGCCUCUCGACUCAAUCUCUUCUUGGAGUGGCACAGACUACUCUCCUUCUACCACCUACUCUACACUCUGCCAGUGCUGUGUUUGUUGACCGAACGGGGCUGAAUUCGCAUCUCGAUUCAUCCAUCUAUCCACCGCACAAUCUAUCCACAAAAACCGACGACCGCUUCUCUUUUUCAACUUUUGAGCCUGUACAGGCUGCCAAUGGUUUCCCCACUUUUCCCAAUUCUCAAUCAAGCAAUCCUGGGAAACAGUUCCCCCUUCUUGAGGACAUUGAAAUGUUUCUUGAAGAAGAAAAAAGAUCGAAAUCCGAGGAAAGGAAUACCACGCCAAGUUCGGAUUAUUCGUCAUCCUCUGAUGAGAUUCUCAUUCAAGAUGGUGAUGGUCGAAUGCCGAAAAGAAGAGAAAAGAAAAAACAACAAAACCGUGAAGCAGCCACUCGAUACAGAGAAAAGAAAAGGAAAGAGAGACAAGAAGCCAAACAAAAAGAAGAUGUGCUCAGACAGCAAAAUGAAGUCUUGAAGAUAAAGAUCGGCGAAAUUCAAACAGAGAUCGACUACCUGAAGCGGUUGAUGCAUGAAAUCGGCAUGGACGACGAGCACAUCAAAUACAUUUCACCUGUUGUUCCCCUA